GGUAACUGUACCUUGCAGGAGAUCACAGAUCUGUAUAUAAGGAGAAAAAUAAAAUAGAAAGAGGUAGUUUUGGCAUGUGUAGACCCGAAAAGAUAUUAUGCACUUUGGGAGGUGUUUUAAAACAGAAGAGAAUAUGCGUAACAAAAAAAGAAAUGGAUUGCGGAGGAAACUAUAAUCAAGUUUGCCCUGAAGUGUACUGCUCAUCUGCCGAUGGCUUCGGAAAUUACACUACCUCUGCUUGUUUCAUAUAUUUUGAAGAUGCAAAUAAUACUUCUACAACUCGUACUCAAGCGGGAUGUGCGCCUAUUGACAUUUGUUCAAUUAUUUCUUGCAAUAGUACUUCUCCGCUAUUUAGCGGUGUGGAUGAUUCUCUUCAAGCCAGAAUGAUUUCAUAUGAUUGUGUUGUAGGGAACCAAACAGGACAUCUCAAAGCUCAAAUGUUAUUGCCAAACAAUACCAACAACACCUGGCCAAACAAUGCUACCUCGACAGAAGAAAGCAGUGCAUCUUUAUCUGCUCAGCCUAUGAUUGAAUUGCUGCCAUUGUUGUUCUUGUGCAUCUUCGGCAUGUUUAUUCUCGACAAACGACUUUAAGUUAUAACUCAGGAUAUUUAUGCAAUAAAUUCAAUAAAAUAUUUGCUUAUUCUAAUACAAUGCGUUUAUUUUAUUGACAAGAUAAUUUUUAGCCCUUCUGUGAGGCUAAUUCCUAUCUACAUAAAUGCGACGGAC